GUUCAGUCACUCCGAUCAAGCAGAUCACCAUGAAGGUCUUUGUCGUUCUCGCCGUAAUCCUGGCCGUGUCCAGUGCCGCCCCGCAGUUUGGUGGCAAUGCCAACGCAAAUGCCAACGCAAAUGCUGAGAGUGAGGGUGGAUUCGGCGGACCAGGAUUCGGCGGACCAGGAUUCGGCGGACCAGAAUUCGGCGGACCAGGAUUCGGCGGACCAGGAUUCGGCGGACCAGGUUUCGAGAAAAACCAAUUCGGACCAGGUGGCUUUGGAGGACAAGGUGGAUUCGGAGGACAAGGUGGAUUCGGAGGACAAGGUGGAUUCGGAGGACAAGGUGGGUUCGGAGGACAAGGUGGAUUCGGAGGACCGGGUGCAUUCGGUGGUAACUCCGAAGCUAACGCCAAUGCCAAUGCUGUCGCCAACUCUGAGGGACCAUAUCGCGAUGGUAAUGCCAAUGCCAACGCUAAUGCCAAUGCCAGCUCCGAAGGUGGAAGUGCUAAUGCUAACGCCAAUGCCGUCGCCACUUCUCGUGGCAAAUAAGCCAACAGAUCCGAAUUUCUUCACUGAUUAGUUUUUAAUAUUUAUAUAAA